AUGGUGUUAGGCGAUCAUAUUCAGGUUCAUAAAUCUACUGUUUGUAGAGUUAUUAAAACAGUGUCCAUAGAAAUUGCUCGAUUACGUCCACACUUUAUCCAAUUCCCUAGUAGUGUUGCAGAGCAACAAAAACAAUUUGAUGGAGGUUAUCCUUGUCGAAAUUAUCUCCUAACUGCUUUAUUGAAUCCAAGAACUGACGCAGAACGCAAAUAUCAAAAAGCUCAAAUUGGUUCAAGGAAUGUGGUUGAAAGAUUGUUUGAGGUUUUAAAGAGAAGAUUUCCUGUUCUAGCAGUUGGAGUUCACACAAAACUAAGUACUACUAUGGCUACUAUUGUUGCUACGGCAGUUCUGUAUAAUUUUCUUCUAAAAGAAAAAUAUGAGAUACCUCCAGAAGUUGAUAAUCAUGUAAUUGAUAUUGAAUUACUUCAAGAGAUACCAACCUUGCCUAUUCAUCAGUUAGGAAAUGCUGAAAGAUCACAUUUAAUAAAUACUGUGUUUUCUUGA